AUGCAGAACAUUACUGCGUAUCAAAGAAAAGAUAGAAGGUCACAAAGCAAAAGGGUUGGCAAGUUUCUUAAGGAACAAAGAGGAAGGCUUUACAUCAUCAAGACAUGUGUGGUUAUGCUACUUUGUUGGCAUGACUAG